GUGGGUGGGGGGGCUGUUUGGAAACAGGACCCCUAUUAAAGGGGGAGACGGGUGAGGUCGGACAGCAGACUGUUUAGGAAGAGUGAGACGCCCCGUCGAGGAAAGGAGAUCGUUCAGGAUGCCAGAGCCAGUCAAGAAACCAGUUUCAGCCUUUGCCAAGAAGCCAAAGACUCAGGAGGCCGAGGAGGGGUCCUCCGUGGUCUUUGAAGCUGAGACCGAGAAGCCCGACGCGAAAGUAAAAUGGCAGUGCAACUCAAAGGACAUUGCCGGCGAUGACAAAUACGUUAUCACCGCCGACGGGAACAAGCACUCCCUCGCUAUAAAAGCUGUUUCCAAAGAAGAUGCCAAUGUCUAUGCAGUGAUUGCCGGAGGCUCAAAGGUCAAGUUUGACCUGAAGGUCGUAUCAAAGCCAGAAGCACCAGUCGAGCCUUCCGCUGAGUCCGGUGUGAAACCAGAACAGGCCCCUGCAGCAGCACCAGCGCAGAAUGAAACCUCCACCCCGGCACAGGAGGCUCCUCCAGCCGAGGAUGGACAACCCCCGGACACCAGACAGGACCUGACUGGACUCUUCACGGAGAGACCCCAGAGUGGAGAGGUCACUGUGGGUGGAAACAUCACGUUUGUGGCUAAAGUGAACGCUGAAUCCCUGCUGAAGAAACCCACCAUCAAAUGGUUCAAAGGGAAGUGGAUGGACCUCGCCAGCAAGUCUGGAAAACACCUGCAGCUAAAGGAGACGUACGACCGCAGCUCCAAGGUCUACACCUUCGAGAUGCAAAUCAUCGCUGCCAAGGCGAACUUUGCUGGUGGUUACAGAUGUGAGGUUUCAUCCAGGGACAAGUUUGACAGCUGCAAUUUUGAAUUGGCUGUGCAUGAGGCCUGUGCUGUCGAAGGUCUGGACAUCAGAGCGGCUUUUAGGCGCACGAGCGAAGCCGGUAAGAAGAGAAGCGGACCAGCGUCAAGUAGCGUCGACGGAAAAGAAGAUUCGGGAGAGCUGGACUUCAGCACCUUGUUAAAAAAGAGAGACAGUUUCUUAAAAUCCUCCAAUCGAGCCGUUCAAGUGAGCUCUGACCCGGACGUGGACGUGUGGGAGAUCCUCAGCAAGGCCCCGGUGACAGAAUAUGAAAAAAUCGCUUUUCAGUACGGCAUCACCGACCUGAGGGGAAUGCUCAAGAGGCUGAAGAAGAUGAAGAAGGAGGAGAAGAAAAGUGCAGCUUUCCUCAAAAAGUUGGAUCCUGCCUACCAGGUGUCAAAGGGUCAGAAAAUAAAACUGGCGGUGGAGGUGGCCAACGAAGACGUUGAGGUGAAGUGGCUGAAGAACGGACAAGAAAUUCACCCGACUGGAAGCAAGUAUAUUUUUGAGAGCGUUGGCAACAUGCGCUACCUCACCAUCAACCACUGCUCCUUGUCCGACGACGCGGCGUACUGCUGCAAGGUGGGAGAUGAGAAAUGCACCACGGAGCUCUUUGUUAAAGAGCCUCCCGUCCAGAUUGUAAAGAACCUGGAGGAUCAGAUGGUGAUGAAGGGCGAGCGUGUGGAGUUAGAGUGUGAAGUGUCAGAGGAAGGAGCGAGUGUUAAAUGGGAGAAAGACGGCGUCGAGCUGACGAGAGACGAGUCCUUCAAGUACCGCUUCAAGAAAGAUGGCUGCAAACACGUGCUCAUCAUCAACGAGGCCACGAAGGAGGACUGCGGCCACUACAAGGUCAAAACCAACGGCGGCGAGUCCAUGGCCGAGCUCCUGGUGCAGGAGAAAGAGCUGGAGGUCUACCAGAGCAUUGCCGACCUCACGGUGAAGGCCAAGGACCAGGCCGUGUUCAAGUGCGAGGUGUCGGACGAGACCGUGAAGGGAACCUGGUUCAAGAACGGCGUGGAGGUCAAGGCCGACGGCAGAGUCAACAUCACGCACAUCGGCAGGAUUCACAAACUCACCAUCGACGACGUGAAACCGGAGGACGAGGGAGACUACACCUUCGUCCCAGACGGCCACGCCUUCAACCUCUCUGCUAAGCUCAACUUCUUAGAGGUGAAGAUUGAUUACGUGCCACGCCAAGAUCCUCCUAAGAUCCACCUGGACUGUAUGGGCCGCACCGCCGACUCAACCAUCUUGGUGGUGGCCGGCAACAAACUGCGCCUGGACGUCCCCAUCACCGGAGACCCGGCUCCCACGGUGAUCUGGACCAAAGGAGAGAAGGCUAGUUCUGUAAAACCAGACGCCGGCGAGAAAGGACGGCAACCGACCUCUUGGACCGUCAACGACGGGGAUGUGCUCACGGAGGCGGACGGCAGGGUGCACGUGGAAACCACCAAGGGCCACUGUGUCUUCACCAUCGAGGGGGCCGAGAGGCAGGACGAGGGAGUCUAUUCGGUGGUGGUUCGAAACCCGGCGGGGGAGGACACCGCAGACAUCAAUGUGAAAGUUGUCGAUGUUCCAGAUCCCCCCCAGGCUCCCACCAUCCUCAGCGUGGGUGAAGAUUCCUGCGUCGUUCACUGGGAUCCUCCUGCGUUUGACGGCGGGCAGCCGAUCAUCGGUUACGUGCUGGAGAGGAAGAAGCUGAAGAGCUACAGAUGGAUGAGGCUGAACUUUGACCCCUUCCCUGGAACGACCUACGAGGCCAAGCGGAUGAUUGAGGGCGUGCAGUACGAGAUGCGAGUCUACGCCGUCAACGGCAUCGGCAUGUCCCGUCACAGCGCCGCCUCCCAACCCUUCGUCCCCAUCGCCCCGACCAGCGCCCCCAUCGGACUGUGCGUGGACGACGUCAGCGACACUUCCAUCUCGCUGAAGUGGCGGCGGCCUGAGAGGGUCGGCUCGUCUGAACUCGAGGGUUAUGGGAUCGAGUACUGCAAGGAGGGCACUGAUGAGUGGAUACCGGCCAUCGAGGGUCUGACCGACAGGACGUCGGUAAUUAUCAAAGACCUCACCACCGGAGACAAACUGCAGUUCCGGGUGCGGGCCUACAACAUGGCGGGGCCCAGUGCCCCCACCACUCUGGCUCAGCCCGUCACCAUCAGAGAGAUCAUGCAACGUCCCAAAAUCUGGAUCCCGAGAAACCUCCGGCAGACGCUCAUCAAGAAAGUCGGAGACACCGUCAACAUUGUGAUUCCAUUUCAGGGUAAACCCAGGCCGAUAGUCAAAUGGAGCAAAGACGGGGAGCCCCUAGACCCCACGUUCGCCAGCGUGAGGAACAGCGAAGUAGACACGAUCCUCUUCAUCCGCAGGACGGAGCGAAAACACUCGGGGGUGUACGACCUCCAGGUGCAGAUCGAGAACGUGGAAGACAGCGCGAAGGUCACGCUGCAGAUCGUCGAUCUCCCGGGGCCCCCCCAGGGCCUGAAGAUCAUGGAUGUCUGGGGUUUCAAUGUGGCGCUGGAGUGGAAGCCGCCAAAAGACAACGGCAACUGUGAAAUAUCCGGUUAUACCAUUCAGAAAGCCGACAAGAAGACCAUGGAGUGGUUCACGGUGUUCGAACAGUACCGGCGAACCCACUGCGUCGUGUCCGACCUCAUCAUGGGGAACGAGUACGUCUUCCGGGUCUACGCCAUCAACCUGGUGGGCCUCAGCCCGGAUCCCUGCUGCACCAAAGACAGCGCCUACAUCCAGAAAACAGGAAUAGCGUACAAGUCUCCGUCCUAUAAGGAACACGACUUCUCCGAGGCUCCCAAGUUCACACAUCCUCUGGUGAACCGGUCCAUCAUAGCAGGAUACAACGCGACGCUGAGCUGCUCCGUGAGAGGAAUCCCUAAGCCCAAAGUCACCUGGUACAAGAACAAGAUGGACAUCAGCAACGAGGCCAAGUACCGGAUGCUCAGUAAGCAGGGCGUCCUGACGCUGGAGAUCCGGAAGCCCUGUCCGUUCGACGGGGGGGUGUACAUGUGCAAGGCGGUGAACGACAGCGGCGAAGACGUGGUGGAGUGUAAGCUGGAGGUUCGCCCUCAAGUUGUAAAAGACGACAAGAAAGACGCCAAGAAGUGAGACGUUGGGGCCGAAGACAAAGAGAAGCCGACUGUCUCUCCGCCUGCAGUCGCUUUCACCUAGGAUGCUUUUUUUAUUUUU